AGACUUGCGUGUAAUAGCCAAUCCUGUUUCGUGCUGUUGAUCACCCGGUAGAAACAAAACUAUAACCGAAGAAUUCUUGCUAACGACGAGACAUCGAAACUAACGCACUUUCAUUUGCAUAUCGAAACACAACAUCGAAUGUUUAUGCAAAAGAACUAACUUUAGAUACAAAUGCUGUCUUCAGGAGACGUCCAGGGUUGUCUUCGCAAACUGGAAACUCUCCUGCGGGUGAUAAAGUACCCAGGAUAUGUCGACUACAAUGGCCUUUCCAAAGGAGAUCCCUCCGCUUUUCUACCAAUUGUGAGCUUUACCUUCACCUCAUUUUCUCCACCUUUUGCGAAGCAACUAUUGGAGGAUGGACUGGAGCUGACUGGCAAAACUGACCUCCGAUUCACUGACACUCUUUAUAAGGUGCUGCGAGAUGUCUUCCACUAUAAACCCAUACUGACCAAGCAGCAGUUCCUUCAGUGGGGUUUCUCUCUAAGGAAAAUCUCUGUCACCUGUGACAUCAUUAACUUGGUCCUGCAGAAACACAAUCAGCUGAAGAAGCCAAAAGGCCGAUGUCCUGCCACACACAAGGAUGACAGAGGGGAAGCUCAUCCAGCAAUGGCUGAUGCAGACACUAAGUUAUCUGCUGUAGUUAUGGCUGAUACUGGGGUAUGGCCAUCACAGGAAAGAAGGAAAUUAAACGAAGAACAACUAAAAGCUAAAAAGAUCUCCGAGAGGCCACUUGUUGUGAAUCACGCAGAAAAUUGCUCCACUUCUCACACAAACUCCUCCCACGCUGAAGCAUUCUCCUCCCAUUAUGAAACCUAUACCUCUCAUAAUGAUGUGCACUCCUCCAAUUCUCCUGGAAAUGGAAUCAAUGAGCUGGCAGGACAAGAAGAGGACAAGGAGAAUAUUCUUUACUCAUCAGAGGUGGAGGGAAGGCUCUCAGCACUGGAAGCUCAACUCGGGGUUCUUCUGUCUAGGCUAGACAGGCUUAGUAUCCUGGAGAAACGCCUGGAGGGACUUGACAAACCGAGAAACACAGCCAAGAAUGAAGGACAAGUCAUCACUAUAUCCAGAGAGAGCUGGGAAAAUCUGAUGAGCAGAGUCCUGUUAUUGGAAACCAAACAAGAUCUGAGCAAUAUACAGCUAAGUGUCCCCCCUCCGUGUCCGUUAUCUGCCUCCUCCUGUUCCUCCAGCUCCAUGUCUGACGUUGCGAAGGAGGACCUCAAGGACAGGCUAGAGAGGAUCACCAACAUGCUGAAGAGCACCUCCAGUCUCCUGAAGAACACUGAAUCCUCCACAGCACACUGCACAUAAAUAAUGUUAAAUGAUGUAAUAUUGCGCCACAAUGUCGGUGCGCUUUUCUAUCUUGGCAUUGGUAAUGUAGCUUAUUAAACCCAGCCUUGCAUUGCCGGACCUAUCUCCACAGCACAGUCAGUGCUGGAGUAUGGUCUGGCUACAACAUUUAUCAGUUCUGGGAUAGGGGGUGAAAGUCAC